AUGGAAACCGACCCAUGGAACCGCUUUGCCGCAGAGUUGAAGAGGCGCGAGGAUGUUUUCCAAUCCCGAUCAGGUAAACUCAUUAUCGGGUGCUCAUUUAGGAUUGUUUUCUUCUUUUCUCGCCGUCGGGCAAGGGCGACCGGCGUCUAAUUCCCUUGCUCUCUUCUCGUCGCCUAGAUCUGUACAUGGGUUUCGAGGAAGUCGAUGGCGGGGAUGACGACCCCCGAGCAGAGCUCCCCUGCCCGUUCUGCUCCGAGGACUUCGACAUUGUGGGGUUGUGUUGUCAUAUUGAUGAUGAGCACCCAGUUGAGGCAGAUAAUGGGGUACGGCUCGCUGGUUUGUAUUUGUGUUUUUUGCUGCCCGGGGAGAAAAAGGGGGAUUUCCUUUUACAGAGAAGAAUUGUCUUCUUUUAGUAUAUGAUGAAUCGAACUGGAAAUUAAGUGUUUACUAGUAAAAUAAAUUACAGACGACGUCCUCUUGAGUACAAUUUUCUUUUAUGUUCGAUGAAUGAUUAAUGCCACCACACGUUUUCGGCUUUGGCGCUACUCUUUUGAUGCUUUGAACUUCGAAUAUUGAUUUUUAGCAAGCAUCUCAGAACAAGGUUCCUUUUGUCUUCUGGUUUGUUUCGUUAUAGAUAUCUUGACCUUUGGACUUCCCCUUUCCAGCAUCCCGAUGCUGGUCAUUUAUUUACCAGAGUCUGCGCGGCAGUGACUUAAAGCUUUGCUUAUCUUCAAAAAUUUAUUGAUAAAGUUCUUUCUCUGGACUUUACACUGAGGGCUUGUCCCCACCACAUGCGCAUUCAUUACUGGAAUUUUUUGAAUUUCAAGUCACUCUUAAGGAUCUCUUUCUUCUAUGGUUCUUUUGUAGCUUUAGAAAAUUGCAUGUUUAAUGUCUUCGUUGAUUCUCACUUUCUAUUCUCCAAACAUAUCUUCUAUGUGUAUAGUAUUACUGUGAUUAUUGUUAGGCCCUUUCAACUGGAUUGCUAGGUUUUCAUUUGACCAUUUCCUGGACGGUGAGACAUAGUUUUCUUCUUUUAAGGUUUUUUUUUCGCCAUCAUUUGCCCUAUAUUUUGCCUCCAACUUUUCCUUCUCUUGAAGGCUCAACAUAUUUUUCAUUUAUAACUUCGUGGAACUACCAUCAAAAUAAAUACGUAUGUUUUCAUUUCUCCUGGCACCAUCUGUUUUCCAUUUUCAUUAAAGCGGAAGAUGUGCGGAUUCUAUUCACUUUGAGAGUUCUCACCUUGGCUAUCCAUGAUUUUCCGAUUGUAAGUUACGCUAAUUCGUGGCAUUCACUUGCUAUCUCCAGGUGUGCCCUAUUUGUGAGUCCAGGGUUGACAUGGAUAUGGUGGGGCAUAUAACAAUGGAGCAUGGGAAUUUAUUCAAAAUAUCCUUCUUUCCCCCACAGUUUAUGCUUUUCCAGUUCAAUUUCAUUUAUAAGGGCGAUGGUUUAGUACAAAUCUGUUGAGUGUUCUUAUUUUAUUCAAGUUUCUGAGAUGCUAUAAUAUUAUUAGUUUAUCAUUUUCGUUGUCUGUUUGUAGUAAUCUGCGCCGUUCAUUUCUUCUAUUCUUUGUUAUCCUCAACCACAAUAGUCACAUGCAAAGCAGAAGAAAACUGCUCAAAGGCUAUUCAAGGUCGAAUUCUAGACUCGCGUUGCUGAGAAAGGAACUGCGAGAUGGGCAUAUACAAUCUCUCAUGGGUGGAUCCUCAUAUGCACUUAACCAAUAUGCGCGACCAGAUCCUUUAUUGUCAGCUUUUAUUUCGACCUUCUCUUCAGCUGAUUCAUCAAAAUAUGUCGAGCCACAAUCAUUUGAUGAAGGAAGUAUGUUAAACAAGAAACUCAACGAUGAGAUAGCUGAUAGGUAUGUAGAAUCACGAAUCGAUUUGUUUUUCAUUUGUUUCAGUUUUGACUGUUUCCUGUAAACAUGUUUUUCAUAUUCAAUUGGAUGGGCACUUCAAACAUUUUUUUUCUCUUCUUUAGUGAGUCGCAUUGUAGUAUUAAGACUCCGAAAUGUCUGCAUCAUUAUGAACAUCAGGCAUUUUUCACACUUACCUUUCAAUAAAUUCGUCUAGGGACUGAAACUAAACGGACAAAUGGAUCCGUAAAACUCGCCAAACUAACACUUGAAGACAUGCACUAAGUAUGUUUCAAUCCAAAUGCUUGACUGAUACAUGGAGCUACGAGUUGUGACACGUGGAGCUGUUAUUCAAUAAACUCUCUUAGUCGUAUUUUGUUAGUCAGAAUUUCCGUCAUUGUAGCAUAUGAUGAUUCUACAGACAAGUCUUCUCUAAGUGGACCACCCUAAGAUAAGAUGCUUAUUUUGUUAUGAAUCGUCUUUUUUUCACUUGUGCGAGAAGAUAAUUUUUCUAUAGGAAAAAUGUGGUGUUCGACUGCAUCAGUUUAAGAUCGAGUCACACUUAUUCUUGAAGUAGUGGCUAGUUUGGUUUCAACAGAGGAAACCAUGGUGAAGGAUACAAGUUCUAUUUGUUAUCUAGUGAAAGUGGAAGGAAUAGGUGAGGAUUAGCCACCCUCAGUUUAAAGUAGAGCUUGAAGUUGGACUCGCCGUUACAGUAUGUCUGAAUUUUUAUUAGUAACAUAGCUAUUGUUUCUCCUUUUUCCUAUAAACCCUUAUAUCUCAAUACGUAGAAAAUAUUGACCUGUCUGUCUACCUCAUGGAAGGACUCACAACCAUGGACUAGUAGUAUGGAGUGAUGAGGAAGAAUACCAAGAGAUGUUUACUGAAACAGACUUCCAUUUGAUACCCCGGUUUCGAAUGUCGGAUCCGUUGGUCUUCUCGCUUUCAAGAAGUUUUCACAUCACUUUGUUCAAAAUGGACGUAGUUGUCUUCGAGUCGAGCAUGCAGCACUAGCGGAAGUCUGCUCGUGUGCAAUGGUUAAGACGAUCAUAUUUAUAUGUGUCCACAUUUACGGCAAAGUCCUGAUCACUUCCACUAAGCUCAUCCCUUUUUGUUUUGAAUUUGAGGAUAAGGAGUGACAACGAAUAAAACGAUACACCUUUUUGGGUAGCCACGGAUGAUUCAUGUGAUAGGGAACUUAAGAUGCACCAAUAAUUUGGGUUUAUUUAUAUUACCUUAGGUUCCGGAGCUCUUUUUAUUUGUUUGUCAGCAUCUUGCGCUGGCCGUGCGAAUAUGAUCUAUCAGAGCUGUUCAGGUCCUUCAAUAGUAUAGUUUCUUCAAUAAUGCACAAUUAUUAAAUUUGUGUCAUGUUGCCAAAGAAACUGGUUGUUGGAGAAUUGGAAUCUUAGAAAGUCGGCGCAGAUACAUGUGGUGACCUUAAGCAUGCUUUUUCCCUUAAAUAAUCAAGUGAGUGGCAUGGAUGAGAAUGCUGCAUUUGCCACUGAACGACUCUUGCAUUUAUCGCCCGACCUAGAGGUUGACUGACCCAUCACGAAAUCAGCAGAUGCUGGGAUGAUUUGGUCAGAAAUUGGCUGUUUCUGAUACGACCAGACCUGGUCUGGCUGUCCCUAACGGGUCAGCAGGGCAGAUCUGAGUUGAUGGCUUGGAUCAGCUCAGGGCCUGGCUAAUCUGAGUACUUCGUCUGAUUCCCAGUUCCAUGCCAUCAUCAAUGGCCCUGACAGCCCUGAUUCCCUGAUUUCCUCCUCCUGCUCUAUGCAGCUUUUCCUCAUUUGUGCUCAAUACCUAUAGCUUCUCAUGUCUUCCUCACCUCUGCUUCACAUAACUGAACCUGUGAAGAACUAAAAAGGCGUUUGAUUCGACAUCGAUUCUAUGGCUUUCCCUCCAUUGUGGUGUGAUAUUGCUCAAGUAAAGAUUCCCCAGAAUAGAAGAUUAGCGUGUAGGGCUUCAAAGAUCUGUCUCUGACAGGUCUUCUCUCCUCUACCCACUUGGAAGUUGGUAUGACAACAAGGUCGUCGCUUUGACCCGGCGUGGUGGCUGAUGCUCUCUCUCUUUCAGCCACUGGCAGCAUUUAUGUUUUCAGUAUCUGACUAUGAUUUCACGCUGUAAUCUUCUGCCCGGGGUGCAAGCUUCUGUCUGAUGUGCCGUUAUUAUAUCCAGCUGGGUUUCACCCGCCAUCAUGGAGCCAUCGCUUUCCGACAAGGAUCGGGAAGAGCAGUCCCGGAGGUCCGAGUUCCUGCGGGAGCUCGUGGUGUCGACCAUCUUCGAGGAUCCCUUGUGA